UACAAACUUAUUCAACGCGCGCCGCGCCGGUCCCGGAUUGCGGAAGUCAAAGAGAUUUUGUUAACUAGCUAGCAACACGUAGUGCUAGUGUGCCGUUGAUCGGUCUUCAAAUUAUGGGGAAAUAGAUGAUCUCCCGAAGGUUGAACAAAAUAGCUCCUUUUGUACGUUUGGACCUCAUGAAGUAGCACCAACAGGUCUGACAUGGCGUUGAUCACGGAAAAAGUGAGGCUAAAGGAGUCGGACGAUCGUGUGCGACACUGGAAGCGAUGGGGACCGUACCUCUCGGAGCGGCAGUGGGGGACCGUCAGGGAGGACUACUCGGCUGACGGAAGCUGCUGGGAUUAUUUCCCCCAUGACCACGCACGUUCCCGUGCCUACCGUUGGGGGGAGGACGGGCUCCUCGGCAUCGCUGAUCGCCAGUGCCGUCUCUGCUUUGGGCUGGCUCUCUGGAAUGGCAAAGAUCCCAUCUUGAAAGAGCGACUCUACGGCCUGACAGGGCCACAAGGUAACCAUGGCGAGGACUGCAAGGAAAACUAUUACUAUCUAGAUUCCUCACCAACCCAUUCCUACAUGAAGGCCUUGUACAAGUACCCCCAGGCGGAGUACCCCUAUGCCACAUUGGAAAAAGAAGGGAGAGAACGGAGUGUCACCGAUCCCGAGUUUGAACUGGAAGACUCAGGCGUUUUUGCUGAGAGUCGGUACUGGGAUGUCUUUGCCGAGUACGCCAAGAACACCCCAAAUGACGUCCUGUGCCGCAUCACAGUAGCCAAUCGUGGCCCCGAGCCAGCCACCAUCCAUGUCCUGCCGCAGUUCUGGUACCGCAACACCUGGAUCUGGGGCUGUGACCACGAAGGAUGCGGAAUGAAACCCAGGCUGUCCCUGGGCAAGGACGGCAAGAUAGCACUGACCCACGAGACUUUAGACAAAAUGACCAUUGUUUAUGACGCUGCCCCAUACGGUAGCAAGGCACCCCUUCUCUUCACCGAGAACGAGACCAACAUGCGCCGCCUCUACGGCCUAGACAACUACACCAAGUUUGUCCGGGAUGCUUUCCACCGUUACAUCAUCAACGGGGAGAUGGAUGCGAUCGAUGGGCGAGGCCGAGGCACAAAAUGCGCCGCCCACUACAUCUUGGAAGUGCCCCCAGGGGAGGAGGCUGUCGUCAGAGUCCGCUUCUUCUACAACAACGAGGACCCGGGGACGUACUUUGGGCAGGAGGCAUUUGAUGACGUCUUCACGACCAGGAAGUUAGAGACGGAUGAAUUUUAUUCCGCAAUUAUCCCAGCUGCCGCUGACUCGGAAGAGUUCAAAGUGGCUCGGCAGGCCUACGCCAGCCUACUCUGGAGUAAGCAGUUCUACCAUUACAUCGUCAAGGCCUGGUUAGAGGGAGAUCGGGAGACCCCCAGGCCCCCCCAGAGCCGUGACAAGGGUCGGAACACGGAAUGGAGGCACCUCUAUAACAUGGACAUCAUCUCCAUGCCCGACAAGUGGGAAUACCCCUGGUACGCGUCGUGGGACUUGGCAUUCCACAUGAUCCCCUUCGCUAAGCUGGAUCCAACCUUUGCCAAGGACCAACUCCUACUGUUCCUGCGUGAGUGGUACAUGGCCCCAAAUGGUCAGAUUCCUGCCUAUGAGUUUGCAUUUGGUGACGUCAACCCGCCAGUCCACGCGUGGGCCGUGUUCAGGGUCUUCAAGGCCGUAGCUCCUCGGGGGUCCAGAGACAGGAACUUCCUGGCCAGAGCCUUCCAGAAACUCCUGCUCAACUUCACUUGGUGGGUGAAUCGCAAGGACCCUGAUGGCAAGAAUCUCUUCUCUGGUGGCUUCCUAGGUCUGGACAACAUUGGGGUGUUUGACAGGUCACGACCUUUGCCCACAGGAGGUCACCUGGAACAGGCCGACGGCACAGCCUGGAUGGCCUUCUUCUGCAUCGUCAUGCUAGACAUUGCCCUGGAGUUGGCCAGGAGCGACGAGAGCUACGAGGACAUGGCCAGCAAGUUCUUUGAGCAUUUUGUUUCCAUCAUCGACGCCAUGAACUCGGUUGGUGGAGGCCUUUGGGAUGAGGAGGACGGCUUCUACUAUGAUGUUCUCAAGACAGACACCUGCACCAUCCCCUUGCGCAUCCGUUCCAUGGUGGGCCUGGUCCCGCUCUUUGCCUCCCUGACCUUGGAGGAAGAGGUUAUCCAGAAGCUGCCGGGGUUCAAGAAGCGGCUGGACUGGUUCAUGAAGCACCGCUCCGAGCUGUCGGAUCACAUUGCGUACAAGACCAUGGCGGAUGGCAUCCAUGGGCGUCAUCUCCUCGGCAUCCCUCAACGCAAGCAGCUCAAGAAGGUUCUUAAGUACAUGCUAGACGAGGAGGAGUUCCUCUCGCCAUACGGAAUCCGCUCCCUGUCCAAGGUGCACAAGGACCACCCGUUCGUGGUCAACGUGCAAGGAGAGGAGUACAAAGUCAACUAUGUCCCCGGUGAGUCCAACACCUACCUGUUUGGGGGUAACAGCAACUGGCGUGGACCCAUCUGGCUCUGUGUGAACUACCUGAUCAUCGAGGCCUUGGAGCGUUACGACUUCUUCCAUGGCCCCACCUUCAAGGUGGAGUGCCCCACGGGGUCUGGCAACAUGAUGCGCCUCAAGGACUGCGCUAAGGAGAUCUCCUCUCGCCUGGCUAAGAUAUUUCUGCCGGAUGAGAACGGGGUGCGGCCGUGCCACGCCGACAACCCACUCUACAAGGAGGACCCGGCAUUCAAGGACCUUAUCUUGUUCUACGAGUAUUUCCACGGCGACACGGGACGUGGCUGUGGAGCUAGCCACCAGACAGGUUGGACGGCCAUUGUGACACUGUGCCUAGAGAGAAUUGCAAACAAGUAACCAGGUUGCAGCAUGCUUGACGUCACCUGCAGAUCUCAUUCCUUAUAGUUGAUAUAUUCCAAGUUAUGACACUGAGCUUGUGAGUCCCAUUCACAACUUUUCCUUGUGAACCCUUAUUUCCUGGAUCUGUGUAGUCACUGAUGAAAAUGUAAAGGUGUCUGCGUAGGUAUCGUAUGUCUGUUGUGCUAUAAAUUAACUUGCAGGAUCAUUUUGAAGUAACAAGAAGGGUCAAAUAUGUUGCGUAAUUUUUGGCAAUGAAUGCUUCCUGUUGCAGUAACUUUGCAAAGUACAUACAGGUUGUUAAAAAAUACUCGUGGAAAUUUUUAAAUUUGAAUAGGAUCCCUUCAAAAUCACUCUUUUGAAGAAGCUUAAUACGAAUCGAAACUAGAGGUGAUGGCAUUCAUGUGAAAUACACUAUAAAACCUAGUUUCAUUCAGCCGGUUACCCCUCUAACUAGCCACAAACAAGCAGGAUACCGUUUCUGUCACCGUGCUAACUGGCCACCGUGCUGCCACAAAAUAAUUAUGCAGUAGGUAAAAUGGACGGUACCCACUUGAAAUGGUUACUGUCAGUCACUAGCACCAGCACGGAGGCCAAUUUCAAAAUAAUGUGUCUUAUUUAGAUAAAUAACUGGGUCUUUUUGGUCGGGUUGUCGCCACACCAAAUCCUAUUGCUUCUUGUUUUUAGUGCCAGAAUUUCAUGUUGUAGAAAACUGUUUUCAAAAGUUUGUUCGACUUUAAAACAACCAAACGUAUUAUUAACACCCUAUACAUCCUCACUGUAUGACUAUUCCACAGUGGACCAUGUACUUUAGGCUCGCAUAUAGCACAAACUAGCUCGUUAGAGUCGCACAAAUUAGAAUUGUACUUUUAUUUUUAUACUUUCAGUAGCAACCUGGCUUUCUGUUUUCAUUAAUCUGCAGCUUAAUUAGUGCAACAAAGUGCAUCCCUCACAAAACCUUUAUUUCCUGGAGUAUGCCAGACUUCAGUAAUGGCUUCCAACAAAUGUCAUUUCUGUCGCACCCAUCAAGUACAUGUACUUUAUUUUGAGUAGCUGCUGUGGCCUGCACUGUGCUUAUAUAUGCAUGCACUAGGCCACAUUAAUUUUAUUCAAAUUGCAUGUUGUCAAGUGAUGCUGAAUUUUAUUGCUCUUUUUUAUGAUGGAAAUUAAUCACCUGGCUACGAAUUAGUUGAGAAAUGUUUUGAAAGACCUGGUACAGUACUGGAGAAAACAGUAUUUCAUAGAUGGUUGACUGUUGACACAGUCAAUUAAUUUUUAUGUUGGGAACAUGUACGUUGUAUCAACAUCUGUGCUAGUACAAGCCAAAUCACCCGGCUUCUAGCCAGUUAAGAUAUGUUGAUGUUGCAUAUUACAGUAUGGGGGGAAAAUAACUGUUGCCAUGACAAGACGUGACAUCACAGAUGACCGUCCGUGCAUUUUGUGUAGGGAACACAUGCCACUUGACGUUUUGCUGGUACAAGCAAUAUUCUAUAUUCUACAUGCACAUCACUUUCCCAGUGGUCACUCAUUUACUUAAAAAAGUGUGUGCAAGAUUUAAGUAUGUGCAACUUUGAAUUAAUUUUUAAAUGUCUCUUGCAAUCAAGAUUUGAAAGAUUUGUUAAUAUCCAUUGGUCGCUAGAAAUGGAAAUAUUUGUCUUGAAAUGUUAAAAGGAUUUAUUUUGUACAUGAUAGAGCAUGCAGUAUGUUUAGUUUUGUUAAUACUAACUGAAUUUCUUUACUGACAUCAUGUUAUCUUAAACUCUACCCAGAAAACCUUGUUUAUCUAUCAAGAUGCUAGGACUUCAGAUUUUCGUUCUGCGGGUCCCAGUGCUUCAGAAAUUGUGGAAUGUUUUAACUUUGAUCCUGGGGAGUUUGGGUGAACGUGUGAACCAUCGUUACGGUGGCUUGAGAAGCAAGCUUUCUCUCUUGAGGGUAAUUGCGUUGAGACAUUUCUGGGCAGCUGUUGUACAACACUGCAGAUGAUGCUGUGAUAAAUUUGUCAUUUGGUCAUGUGACAUGACAACAUUGUAGCAGUUUUGGAACAUUAGUUUGUUGUAAUUGUUUCAUCCAGGUUGUCAAUCAAAGUUGAAGAACUAGACACACUUGUUCCAUAGUUGUAGGGACCACAUUGUUGAACAGUGGCUAAUUGGAGGAAGGAAAUGUGGGGAUGUUCAAAACUCACCACUACCCAGUUUAAAUUUUCCUACCAGAGAAAUCUUUCCCGAAACAUGGCUCAGGCCAGGCCUACCUCGUCAGGUCACACAAGACUGUCCAUAAAAUUGUCCACACUGGCCUCCCCCCCCCAAAAGUGAUCACCGACAGACAGGUUGCAAAGACAAACCGAUCAGAAUUUGUGGCAGCAUCAGUUGUGCUGCAGUGACAAAUGGACAAAAGUGACCCUCUUGUUCCCGUGCUGUAGCACCUCAGGGUAGUGCUACAAGCUAAAUGUGAUGUCAUGGUGGUGAUGUCAAGAUUGGAUAUUCUGAAGUAGGGCCAUCAACCUGCGUACGCCUUGCGCUUGGUUGGGUUAGCUUUAGCCAACUGUUUUGUUAAUAGUGGCAUUUUGGAGAGUGUGCUGCGGGGAAAGUGAAAUUCUGAAGUAAAUUUCCUUAAAAGUGCAUCACUAAAUGUGGGCAUUCUUCUGCCAAAUUUCACUCUUACUACUUUUAUCAUUCUGUGUUGAAUAUAUUUUGUAUUUUUAUAUUAAAACUUCUAGUUAAACUCAAGGCAACCCAGGAUAGUUCUGUCUCUAAAAAUCUCGGUAUAUAUUCUAAAAUUUUAUCAGGUAAAAAAAAAUUAAAAUUAACUGCCUAGGUAGAAUACCACUGCUCAAUAGAAUAUUGCCGACAUUAAAAUAAAGGACAUGCCUUCUUCCUUGAAUUUACAAAACCUCUUCAGAAAGUAGUUCAUGAACUGCAUGAAACUGUUGUGUCUGCUUUGAUUCCGCAAGAUGGCCUGGUAUAUUUUUCAUCUACAGGGUCUCAUGUGUCUUGCCUGUACAUAGAGGUACAGUGGCUAUGUGUGAAUUGGUUGGGGGGCUGUUGGGUUGGGUCUGUGAGCGGAUGGGGCAAGUUGUCUGGUGGGCUGGUGUCUUACAAUAUCACCAGUACACGACCAAAAAUAUUAAUAAAACAAUUCUAUGCAGUCUGUACUCAUCAAACAACUGACUUUAUUUAUUGCAGUUCAGGGCAUUCGACCUAUUUGUAAAUUUUCAAGAAAUCAAAACUUCAGUGAUAGAAAAAAAAGUCGUAGGACUGCUUCAAAUAUUGUCAGCUUGAGGACUUUUUGAAAAAAAA